AAACUUUUCAAUCGGAUUAACAGAAAUGUUUAUUGAAAGUUUAUUUUAUAUAAAUAAUUAGUGCUUUGACAUUUAUUCGGGUAAAACCACGUGCGUAUUGAUUGAUUAAUAAAAAAAUGCCUCACUAUUCUGACUUGUACAGUCUGCCAAGUGCAAGUGGUCUGUGUAUGCCUCAUUAUAAUAGUGGAUUAAACUUUCUUUCUUAUUCAAAACCUGUUCCGCGUUAUUCACAUUUAUAUAAACCGCAUCUUUCCACAAUUUCGGAAAUUUCCCUGCCAUACAGAAGAUUAAACGCUCCGAAACACUACCCGUCCGACAUAACUUCAAGACCCAUCAAAACCAUCAACACCGCUGAUAUUGACGUGUCUGUAAACAAGUACAAAAAAUUUGAAAAGAAGGGACAGCAACGCUUAAAGGCCAAGGAAGCUGCUCAGUCUUACACUCCCGAAAAACCCGUUGUUGUGAAAGAAGCGAAACCUAACCCAGGCAUCCGAAGAGAUAGAGCCACAGUACGUUUAAAAACCCUCCAUGCUGACACAUUAAAAGAAGAAAUCGGUAAUUACAGAAAAUGGCGAGAUAACUUUGAACCGGAAGAAUUGAAUAAAGAAUCGAAGACGCUAAAGAAAACGAAAGGAGAACUACUAAAAGAAAAAUUUCUUAUACGUUCCAGAAGCAAAGAAAACAUUCAAGCGUUAGCCUUAGAAAACAAUAAGAAAAAUCUUAUUAAGAGGACCUCUAGUUUUCGUGAAAUUUGUGAUGCUAUAACUUGUGACACCAUAGACGAUGAACUAAAUCCUGGCCAACCUGAGGAGAUACAAAGAAGACAAAGUAAGCAUCAGCUUUCAAGUGAAAAUUUAUUGAACGAUAUCAGAAGAGUCUCUGCCGAACUAACUCCAGAAGACUUGAAAGUUCUAAAUGUUAUGCUAGCUAGUCAAGCCAGUUCAGUAGAUAGUUCAGACGAAUCGUUUACUUUAUACGAAAUUGAAGAAUUUGGUAAAGCGCAAGACGAAACCCUUCAUUCCUUAUCACCAGUCGAAAAAGUUACAGAAUAUGAAGAAAAAAGUAGAAAAUUAAAUAAAUCAGAAACUCUUCAGACACCUUCAGAAAACGCAAAUCUUAAAGUAAGUGAAAAGUUUGCAAAACCUCUUUUAAAAUCUAAUAAAAGUGAUACUUUAGCAAAAACAGAAGUUAAAGAAGCAGGUAUUAAUCCCCUUCAAUCUAAAACAGUGAAGACAAAUGUUUUAAAAGAAAAGGAAGAAAAAACAGAUGAGAAAGUUAACACUGUAACAAAAGGUAUUCAACUCAACAGCAAUUUACACAAAUUACACAAUAAAUUGACUGCAAGUCCACCCCCUGAAACUAAAUCUGAUGAAAACAAAGCAAAAAUUGAUACUCUGAAAAAACAAAUUGAAAUAACUAAAUUAAAACAGAAAAACAAUCUUCAGCCAAGCAAACUAAACACGAACGUUUCGGAAAAUAAAGAAAACGAUAUUGUCAAUAAACCAAAAGAUUUAAAACUCCCUACUAAAGAGUACGUACCUAGAGACAUAUCAAACGUAGAAAUUGAACAAAUAAAAUUUAAACCUAAAGCAGUGAUAACAGCAUCUGAAACAAGUGUUGAUGAUGUCGUUACACCAAAGAAAACACUCAUAGCUGUGGUGGUGGAUGAAAUAGAUGUAGAAAAACCAAUUAUAAAAAAAGAUAAAAAGUUAAGAUUCAAUGUCAGCGUUAACAUAGAACAGGUCAAGAAAAAAGAAGGAAGCAAAAACAAGGCAAUAUCAAGAAGUAUAAAACGUGGAACCGCUUUCCAUCCGAUUCCCCAAAAAACAUUGCUUAACAAUUUAAUUAUAAAUAAACCGAAAAAAUACGAACACAAAGAACUGAAAGAAUUAAAAUUAAAGAAAAAGAAUAAAAUUAAAGAACAUAUUCCGGAAAGAGACAAAGAUUUACAUACCGAUCAACGAGCAAGUGCAGAAUUAGAAAAGAAAGAGGGGAACACAGAAUUAAAUCCAGACGAACAACUACACAAUAAAUUAGAAGUCGAGACAUUAACAGAUUUAAAUAUAACUAAAGAAUCACAGAAUAAAUUUGACGAAGAGUCUAAAGUAGAAACAGUCGACAAAACAUGCGAAUUAGAUAAAGAUAAAGAAAUAGAAAUCAAACCUGUAACGAAGGUAUGCAAUCUUAGGGCAUCAUUAAUUAGUAAAAUGCCUCCAAAGCUAACCUCAAAGCGUUCUUUAAUACAAAAAUCAGUAAAAGAAGAUCCCGAUUUAACAGUGUUUAUUCCUCCUCCUACUCCGGAACCCGAACCGGAGCCUGAGAAGAAGGACGAAAACGCUUUUGUACCAUUACAAUCCAAUCGUUUAUCGCAAUGGAUGCAUCCUUGGGCCAAACCUGAGCAAUACGAAGAGUGUCCUGUGGAAAUUUUUGCCAGGCCUAAAGUGAUUCGCGGUAGACAUUAUCCCAGAGGUCGUAAGCGUAACUUUCCCGUACUAGUACAACCAGUAACGAAUUCGGUAGAAAACGAAAGUGAUAGUGACGAUUCUGAGGACACUGAAGAAACGAGUGCUAGUCUGCGAUCUACUGAUUCAGGAUUUGGUUCUACAAUACCAGAAAAACUAAAUGCGAAUGCGGAUAAUCUACAAGCUGACGCGGAAAACGAGACUGUCGACCAAGAAGUAGAAGAUUUUCUUACGGCUGUAAAAAAAUGUGGUAGAAUAAUUCCUCCCGCUACGACGAUACCUAGAUUUAAAAAAUAUAACGUAGAAGAUUUUGAUUUCAUGAAAGUUCUUGGAAAAGGAAGUUUUGGAAAGGUAUUGUUAGCUAAAUUAAAAGAAACAGAAUAUUACUACGCAGUAAAAUGUCUGAAAAAAGAUGCAAUUGUCGAAGAUGAUGACGUAGAAUGCACGCUUAUCGAAAGAAAAGUCCUUGCACUAGGAACGAAGCAUCCAUUUUUGUGCCAUUUACUUUGUACAUUUCAAACUGAGUCACAUUUAUUUUUCGUGAUGGAAUAUUUAAAUGGCGGCGAUCUAAUGUUUCAUAUUACGACAACGGGUUGUUUUCCUGAAGACCAAGCUAGGUUCUAUUCAGCAGAAGUAAUAUCAGGCUUGCAAUUUCUUCACAGCAAAGGAAUAAUUUAUAGGGAUUUAAAAUUAGACAACAUAAUAUUGGACUUUGAUGGACACGUCCGAUUGGCUGAUUUUGGGAUGUGUAAACUAGAAAUAUUUUUAGAUAGAAUGGCUGAAUCAUUUUGUGGUACUCCAGAUUACAUGGCUCCUGAGAUUAUUAAGGGUCAACACUACAACCAAGCAGUAGAUUGGUGGUCUUUUGGAGUAUUAUUAUACGAAAUGUUACUGGGACAGUCGCCAUUUAGUGGUUGUGAUGAAGAUGAAUUAUUUUGGUCAAUUUGUAAUGAAAAACCCGUUUUCCCCCAACAUUUGUCUACAUAUUCAGUUGAUAUAUUAAAACUGCUAAUGGAAAAGGAUCAGGCGAAACGAUUAGGGAAUAGAUUUUGUGAACAUGGGCCUAUACGGGAACAUAACUUCUACAGAAGCAUAGAUUGGGCUGAUUUGGAAGCAAGACGAAUAGAACCGCCUUUUAAACCGUAUCUAGUCCAUCCUCUUGAUACCCAAUAUUUUGAUACACAUUUCACCAAAGAAGCCGUCAAGCUUACAGCCACGGAAGGUCCAGUCGUGGUAACUAUCGACCAAUCUCAAUUUCAAGGGUUUAGUUAUACGAAUCCAAACGCAUGCGACAAAUAGUGAUGAAAGACUUUAUGUUAUAUGAAUUUAAUUUUGUUAUUGAAAGAAUUAAAUAAAGUU